CACCCGCUCGGCUCCCCGGCCGCCGCGCUCAGGGACGGCUUGCCCCACGUCUACCCGCCCUAUCUCGGCUACGUGAGGCCACAUACUGAAAUGAGCCAGAGUCCUCAAUUCAGUUUUGAAUCUUUACCUCAGAAAAUUUGCCUGAUCUGUGGUGAUGAAGCUUCUGGGUGCCACUAUGGAGUACUUACCUGUGGAAGCUGUAAAGUCUUCUUCAAGAGGGCCAUGGAAGGGCAGCAUAACUAUUUAUGUGCUGGAAGGAAUGACUGCAUAGUUGAUAAAAUCCGUAGGAAGAACUGUCCAGCAUGCCGCUUGAGGAAGUGCUGUCAAGCUGGAAUGGUCCUUGGAGGUCGAAAGUUUAAAAAGUUUAACAAAGUCAAAGUUGUGAGGACACUAGAUGUUGCACUACAACAGUCUUCAGGCCUUCCAGAAGAAAACCAAGCUCUAGCCCAGAGGCUAUCCUUUUCUCCCAAUCAUGAUAUACAGUUUGUUCCCCCAUUGAUAAGUGUCCUACAGGGCAUUGAGCCAGAAGUUGUCUAUGCAGGUUAUGACAACACGAAACCUGAAACACCAAGUUCUUUACUGACCAGUCUAAAUCAGCUAUGUGAGAGGCAACUCCUUUCUGUAGUCAAGUGGUCUAAAUCACUACCAGGAUUCCGGAAUUUGCACAUUGAUGAUCAGAUAACCCUCAUCCAGUACUCUUGGAUGAGUCUAAUGGUGUUUGCAUUGGGAUGGAGAUCAUAUAAGCAUGUCAGUGGUCAGAUGUUAUAUUUUGCACCUGAUUUGAUACUAAACGAACAGAGGAUGAAAGAGUCAUCAUUCUAUUCACUGUGUCUAUCCAUGUGGCAGCUCCCGCAGGAAUUUGUCAGACUACAAGUUAGCCAGGAGGAGUUCCUCUGUAUGAAAGCACUGUUACUUCUCAAUACAAUUCCUUUGGAAGGUCUAAGAAGUCAAAGCCAAUUUGAUGAGAUGAGAGCAAGUUACAUUAGAGAACUGGUCAAAGCAGUUGGAUUGCGCCAGAAAGGAGUAGUGGCCAACUCACAGCGUUUUUAUCAGCUUACGAAACUCAUGGACUCCAUGCAUGAUAGGCAAGAAAAGAAGAGAUGCUAAGAAGCUAACAAAGAAGCAUCUAAUGCAGUCUGGACAAGGGAUAGGCGCAGUUCUCUGAGAGAGAGCCUGAAGAGAGAGAUUCAGAGCACAGACUCUUAGAUUGAGUGUUGGGUGAAAGGAGUCUGGAGUUGUGAGAAAAGAUGCGGUCUCUUUCUUGUUGAUUCCUUCGGUGUUCACAAAUGCGGCACUUUAUGGACAUUCUUUCUAGUGAAACAACUCCAUCUGUUCUGUCUGAACACCUUUCUUCAGUCUCGGGCACUGAGUGUUGAAUUCCCAGAGAUGAUGUCAGAAGUGAUUGCUGCCCAACUACCCAAGAUUCUUGC